GGUGUUUGUUUUCAUUUCCGGUAAUAUGGCCGACUUGGAAACAGAAAUAAUAACCACAGAUUACUCAAAUAUGCACUGAUGAUAAUUUAACAUUACAUAUGCACAUUUAAUAACUUUUUUGUUUAAAGUUAGGUCCCAGAAAUACAACUUGCUAAAAAAAUGCCUGUCUACAUUCGAAAAAAUGUGAAUUUUACACCACCAUCUUUGGACAGAAUUCCACUGGAAGAUGAAGAUGAUUACAUUACUGAUCCUGACCAACUGAAAGAUCCACUACCACAACCGUAUCGUAUGAUUGAUAAGGUUCUGGGACAGUUAGUGGAAGACGUAUGGGAUAUAGUUGAGUCCAGAGAGAAUGAAAGACUUGAAGAGGGCAGAAAAGUUCGACCACCACGACAUGAAAAUACAAAAAGUUUAGAGUACCUGCGUAAAUGUGGAUGUAUGACAGAUAGCGGAGAUGGUCUUUACAUGUUUAUUGGUCAUUCUAAAGGAAUUAUUGUGAUAGAUGCUAAUACUCAGGAAAAAGUUACCCUCUGGGAAGAAGACAGAGUAGAUCUGCAGUAUAUCAGGGCACAUAUAAUUGCACCUAAUGUAUAUCUUCUUGUAUCUAUUGAUGAUAUGGGGUUUUCAAGACUACAUGCAUUCUCUGGUGAUAAACUGUACUUGCUGAAACAUUUGAAUGAACACCAGGAAGGAACAGAUAAAAUGAUCAUCAGCAAAUGUAAAGCAUCAAAGGAAGGAGAUUAUUUGGGUGUUGUUUUUGAAAAUCCAGAAUCAAGAGACAUGUGGUUGGAGAUACACAAGUUACCUAGAGAAAGUUGGGUUACAGAAUUAGAUAAUAUCAAAGCAAAAUUACAGAAGAAAGAAGAACCAAAGCAGGAAGUGAAAGAAGUUAAGGAGGAAGAGAGCACAGAAACAGCUGAACCCACUGAGGGUACAGAUGGAGACAAAAGUGAAAGCCAAUCACAGAUUCAACAAUCACAGAGUAACGAAGACACUGCAGGGGUCAAGUUUUCACAACCUUCAUUAGUGUUUAAACUGAAACCACCCCCACAAGUUUCAGCUUUGGAAACAAGAGGUAAUUUGUCCUCAUCUGUCUAUUCUACCUGUCAGAAAGUGGACUCAGGGGAGGUAAUUGGAACAGGACAAAAUCAUGUCUUAUCAACCACUCAGAUCGAAUUGAGAAAAGAAGUUUUUGACCAUCUACAUGAAAAUUUACUUGAAUAUGCACCAAAAGAUGAUACUGUUGAUAAUAUACUGGAGGUUAAUUUUCAUUUCCUGAAUGCUGGAAAAAUGAUUCCCCUUGGACUAGAAAAUCCAGCCAAUUUAACUAUCCCUACAACUGUAGCAGUGUGGUGGAAAGACAGUACACAUGUUAUGCAUUAUUCAUUACUUAAAACGCCAGGGAAAGAUGAAACCAAACCAGAUAUGGUCUGGCCUUUUACUGCAAAGAUCACAUCAUCAGCAGUAUCAGAAGAGACAUCACUGAUGAUUAUAGGUUUAGUAGAUGGAAACAUUGUCUUAUGGGAUAGAUAUUUAGGUAUUCAAAGAGGAGUUAUCAAUAUAUCUGACAAUUCCUGUAUAGAAACAUUGUUGUUUUUGGACCCCAGUAUAUGUCCUCAAGAAAUGACAGAAUACCCACCAUACAGUACUAGAACUACAUCCUAUCUACUGGUACUCUGUAGGAAUGGAGCAAUGUAUGCUGUUCUUAUGGGAGCUGGAGGGACCCAGGCUGAACCAAUAUGUCUGAGUCCACAAAUUGAAGAAAGUGGGGAAAUAUUUUCUAAAGUAGAGACAGUUCGUGGAUUACCUGAUCUGAUUCUUACAGUAUUACAGAAUGGAAAUGUACAAAUCAGAGAUGUACUUCAAGGAAAAGUUUUAUGUGAAAUGAAAGUUCCUGACACACAUGAAAUAAUGUCUCCCUGGGAUCCUGUUGUUGCCAUUGGUAACACAGGACAAACAUUAUAUUUGAGAGUGAUUGAGAGAGAACCAACAGAAACAGACGAGACAACCACAGAUGCCAGUACCCCACAGGGAACAGUAUUAGUCUACCCAUUAAAUACAUUUAAUACAUUGGAGACUUUCUUUAACAGAAAAAGGGAUUCUAUUCCACUGUCAGUCCACACAACUGUAGAUAAAAGGGUUGAUGCUCUUAUGAAGGAAAGGAUUGCAAUGCAGGCAUUUAGAAAAGAUAGAAUGCAGGAAAGGUGGAAUUGUUUUAAGGAAGAAAUUUGGACAAUUUUACAGUACAAAGAACAAGCUGCCAGGAAAGCAGAAGAAAGAGAAGUCUAUGAAUAUCAACGUGUUCGAGUGUUUGACGUAAAGUCAUAGGAAGAAAAUAGUGAGUCCUGGAUCUUUGGGAUGGACACCACUGUUUAAAUGAACAAUGUUAGUCUGUGAUGUAGAUAUCAACAUUCCGUCCUGUCCUGAAAUUUUAAAAACAUUUAUUGAAUUAUU